CGUCGCUGCACAUUCCGCACAUACCACAAAUUUCCUUGAAGUUGAAUUUGUUUUAAGAUAAGACAUACGGGUCUCUUUAAUUUUUUUUUCCCCUUUCGCUUUCAAUUCGGAUGUUUGUUUGGGGUUUUUUUUUCUCCUGCAGGUCACCAGUUCGUUUCUGCAAACAGAAAACUCGACUCCUGACAUUAUAAAAGCUCGUUGGUGGUGGUGGUGGGGGGCGGCAGUAGAGAGGGAUGCAGUACUGUACUGUGCUGUAACGUGGUGAGGGGAUUGCGGCGGUUCGGCGGAGAGGACGGCCUCGGAGAAUAGGCAGGCUUGCAGCUUCACGCAGGCAGAGGGCUCCUGGCCCUUCCUGGUUACACAGGUGUGCUGCUCACCGGGCAGAGAUAAGGGGAGAGAGAGGCUGCAGGCCAGACUUCAGGAGAAAGAGAGAGAAAGGGCAGGAACAAGUUCUCCCAGUUUGCCAGACAGUGCAAAGAAGUGCAGAGACGGGUGAAGACAGCAGUAAAUCCCAGCCUCAGCCGUGCUCAGAAGUGCGAUGGAAGUUUUCAUAAUAGGAUGAAGAUGAAAGUGCUUAACGCAGUUUACCCCUAAAAAGCGAUACUUGUUCCGCAACAGUUCAAAACGGACCAAUAUGCCCAUCUGAGUCACGGAGACUGUCGCUACCGGAAAUUCUCCAGUCAUCGUCAGCUGCAGAGACUGCUGGACUUUCUACAAAAUAAAAAAUAUUAAUACCUUUGGGGAAGAGCAUGCAUUUUAUUUAUCUAGUCUCAUGUUGCCUGCUGCCUACCUGGGUUCGUUUUGCACCGACAGCUGGGUACUCCCUGGGGAGCUGUGUGGCUCAUGGCUCUCUCAAUUAUACCAACAGACUGAAGGUGCUCUGCUAUUCGGAGCAGUUACGCCUUGUGCCGUCUAACAUACCCCCCAAUGUCACAGUUUUAGAUAUUUCAGAUAAUCUCAUCUCACGGAUCCAGCUCGAGAAUUUCAGAAACCUCAGCAAUCUGAGAGUUUUGAACGUCUCCCGUAAUCUCAUCUCGCGGGUGGCUGAAGGGGCCUUCAAGCACCUGGUCAACCUGCAGGAGUUGAACAUGGCCCGCAACAAGCUGUCCGUACUUUCAGAAAACAUUUUUGAGGGGCUGGGCAAUCUGACAGUCCUACAGCUGGGUGACAACAACAUUAAGAGCGUUGAAUCCACGGCCUUUCGCUUUCUUCUGAGCAUCAGGUUUGUGAACUUGACCACGAAUGAGCUCCAGCAUCUCAACAAGGUCAGACCCAUUCUGAAAUUUCCUCACCUGCAGCAGCUACAUGUUGGAAACAACAGCCUUUUCACUUUCCAAACUGAAGACUUGUCAGAUUUUCCUUUAGCCCUGAAAGUGCUUGAUUUAUCCUGGAAUCCGUUAACAAAACUUAACGUUACAACCGACAUCCUUCCUAAACUUGAGAGUUUAGACCUGUCAUAUUCAGGUACAAAUGGUAGUGAAGAAUGGUACAUCCGAGAUGGUUUUCUUCUGAGAGAUGUGAAGAAACUGUCAUUAAAUGGUACCAACAUUUCGGAAGAAGUACUAUUUUCUGUGUUGCAGUGCCUGAACAGCUCUUUGGAAGUCCUGACAAUGAGCAACUUGAAACAUCUAAAAGUCAAAGCUUUUUUGAAUGUAACCUGUCAGAUGCUUCCUUUACUGCGGGUCUUUAACCUUCAAGGGAAUAGUCUGGGCUCUCUCGGAGAUGGGCUUAAGCCUUGCUCCCUCUUACGUGAUUUGGAUUUAUCGAGGAACAAACUUGUUCAGGUUGCAGAUUUUGUAUUCAAAAACAUGUCCCAGCUGCAUGCUCUGAACCUUUCUUACAACCAGCUGAAUGCAGUCCCGGUUGCAGUACGAAUCAUCACCAGCCUGGAAACUUUGGAUCUCAGUUACAAUAGCAUUAGCGAGCUGAAGAGCUCAGAUUUUGCCAAGAUGACCAUGCUUAAAGAGCUCUACCUAGUUAACAAUCUUAUUAGAGAUAUUAAUGGUUCUGCCUUUCAGGACCUGAUAAAUCUUCGAAGCCUUAGAUUGGGAAAGAACCACAUUUGGAUGAUUACAUAUCCAAUGUUUUUAAGCCUGCGCAAGCUAGUGGUUUUGGACCUCAAGUCAAACCAACUUAGUUCUCUCAAGAAUGGUACCUUCCAGAAUUUGAACUCCCUUAAAUCACUGAACCUGGUGGAUAAUCAGAUUAGUGAAAUAGAAGAAGGUGCUUUUCAGGGGCUGCUUAACCUAACUACACUGCUACUGGGCUCAAAUAAGAUUACAGGAGACAUCCUAAGAACAGGUACUGUCUUUUCAGGAAUGCCUGCCUUGAGAGAGCUUCAGCUUUUUGAUAAUUUUAUAUCGUAUGAGAGCACAGCAAAGCUCAAAAGCCCACCUUUCUCUUUACUGAAGUCCUUGAAAACAUUGUCACUCAACAGCCAGGGUCACGAAGGCCUUCUCAAUCUGCCUUCAAACUUUUUAGAGGGUCUGGACUCUCUAAUAGAACUUCACGCUGGACGUCUGAACAUAAACUUCCUCCACCCCCAGACUUUCAGCUACACUCCUAAAUUAUCUUUCCUUGAUAUUAGCAGAAAUGCGAUUGGCAAUCUUACUCCACAGCUGUUUCAACCAAUCCCAAACCUAACCGAAUUCAUUCUGACUCAAGGGCGUUUGCAAACCUUGGACUUCCUGAUCCACGCCAAUCUCACCCAAGUGAAGAUCCUGCGAGCCAAAGGCAACGAGUUGACCGUCAUCACCGAAUCCCUCAUCCGCUCAUUGCCAUCGGUGAAAUACGUGGACCUGCGGGAGAACAGCUUUUCCUGCGACUGUGACAAUUCUUGGUUCCUGAAAUGGGCUCUGCAUGACACGUAUGCUCAAGUCAUCUACAUGAACACGUAUUUCUGCAAAUAUCCGCCGAACCUGAGGGGAAUGAAACUGAUUGACCUCAAAAUGGAUUCCUGCAGCGUGGACUUGGAGUUCAUCUGCUUCAUUUCCAGCACCACACUGGUCGCCCUGACCCUACUGGCCUCUUUCUUCUACAGAUUCCUCCGCUGGCAGGUGGUCUAUGCCUACUACCUCUUCCUGGCCUUCCUCUAUGACAACAGGAAAAAAAGGAGAAGGCCUGUCCUGCAAUACCAGUAUGAUGCUUUCGUCUCGUACAACACGCAUGAUGAGCUCUGGGUCCUGAGGGAGCUGCUGCCCAACCUGGAGCAGGUCCAGGGAUGGAGGCUGUGUCUGCAUCACCGAGACUUCGAGGCCGGCAAGCCCAUCAUCGACAACAUCGUGGACAGCAUCUACAACAGCCGCAAGACCAUCUGCCUGAUCAGCCGGCACUACCUGGAGAGCGAGUGGUGCUCCAGGGAGAUCCAGGUGGCCAGUUUCCGUCUCUUCGAUGAGCAGAAGGACGUGCUGAUCCUGGUCUUCCUAGAGGACAUUCCUGCCUGCCAGCUGUCCCCAUACCACAGGAUGAGGAAGCUGGUCAAGAAGAGGACCUACCUGAAGUGGCCCGGACACAGAGAAGAGACCAGGAUGUUCUGGCACAAACUUAACAUUGCUCUCCAAACUAGGGGAGAAGCUGAUGAAGAAAACCCGCUCCUGUCUGGUUUAGAUACCCAGGACUGAAACAGGGAUUUACUUUGCGUCUUACUUAGGAAUACCUGAUUAUAGCUAAGCUGUCUAAAACAGUAUGCCGGCACACAACAUCAAUUAAAGAACCCUUUUAAACAUGGAGUCCUUUCUCCAAGGAUGCUUUUCUAUUCAAUUCUCAGCUCUCUAAAGAAGACAAAAGGAUUGAACAUGUGCAAAAAUGGCCAUAAGUUUUCUACUGUAUGUAAUCAGAGGAGCUCUUGAAAAUAAUAAUUCCUAACACUUACAUAGCACUUUUUUGGACAGUCCACUCAAAAUGCUGUACAGUUAAGGGGCUACCCGCCACCACCAGUGUGCAGCUCCCAGCUGGAUGAUACAACGGCAGCCAUAGUGUGCCAGUCACCAUACACCAGCUAUCAAUAGGGAGGAGAAAAAAGUGAUGAAGUCAGUUCGGAGAUGGGGAUUAUUAGACGGGCAUGAUUGGUAAGGGCCAGUCAUUUUUAAUGACCACAGAGAGUCAGGACCUCGG